AUGUACAUCACUCUCUACUACAUAGUCACUCGCCUCCCUGACUCCCUUCGCGUAGUCAGGGACCACUUCCUCUCAGUCUGUCCCACCACUCUCACUGUUGACCUCCUCGAGAAGUCCCUUCUAGCGGCCGAGAAGAGCAUAGUCGCUGUAGGGGCCUCUCGUGGUGACCCGCGCACCCCCAUCUUUGAGGGGUGUUCCCCCUCCCCCCUUCUGCCCUCUGUUGCCUCUGCUGCUGCGGCCGACCUCCUUGGUCUUGAGUCGGUCGGUGCGGCGUCUGCCCCCAGCGGGAGACGUCGCUCUGGCAAGGGCAAGGGGGACAGGGGCACUGGAGGGGCGAGCGGGGGCGGUGGAGGUGGAGGUGGAGGCGGCGGGGGGAGUGGGGGUGGCGGUGGGAGUGGUGGUGGGGGUGGAGGUGUCGGUGGCAGCAGUGGAGGCGGAGGCGGCGGCGGCGGUGGCGGUGGGAGCGGAGGUGGCGGCGGUGGCGGAGGCGGCGGAGGCGGCGGUAGUAGCGGCGGCGGCGGAGGCGGCGAGGGUGGCGGUGGAGCUGGUCGCGGGUCUACGCAGAGGAGUGGCUCCGGUGGUGGUCCGCGCCAGCAGCAGCAGCGCGGUCGUGAGACCUUGUCCCCUCAGCAGCUCCGUGAGUGGUACACUGCACGCCAGCAGGGUGGGGGUUUUGGUCCGUGCACCUACGUCCUGCGCACCGGCGACCGUGCGGGUGAGCAGUGUGGGGGUGCGCACCCCACCCAGCGCUGCUUUGGCCGCCUGACGGACGCGUGGCGUCACCGGAUCCCGGAGGCCACAGAGAUCCCUCGCUGGGGCGAGCUGUCUAGGGCGGGUGUUGCCAUCUAUGAUCUUGAUUUUGAAGCUAUUCUUUCUGCCAUGUAUGCUGUGUCUAUUAGUGAUGAGGGUGGCUGUUACCGGUGUUUCCCGCCCGAUCCGGGCAUUGAGACUGCUGCUCUAGGUAUUGGUGAGGCGGCUGCCCUAGGUGCUUGCGACGCUGCUGCUCUAGGUGCUAGUGCGUCUGCGUCCUCAGGUGCCGGUGAGUCUGCGCUCUCAGGUACUACGUCGGCUUCGGCCUCCCUCACCUUCACCCUUGACUCUGGGGCUUCUCGCUCCUUCUUUCGGGACCGCACCACACUCACGCCGCUUAGUCGGCCGGUUGCGGUGUCUCUCGCUGACCCCUCUGGGGGUCCUGUCCUGACUCACUUCUCCACAGUCCUCCCGUGUCCGGCGGCUCCCUCUGGCACCCUGUCUGGUCUCUACCUCCCCUCGUUCUCUACAAACCUGGUGAGUGGUGCUGACCUACAGGAUGGGGGAGUACACCAGUUCACUCCUGCGCGUCAGCGGGUGACGCACUGCACAGAGGCUAGCACAGGCCGACACCUGGCUACGUUUACCCGUCAGCCGGGGUCGAGCCUGUACACACUAACCACUACGUCUCCUCCAGGUGUUGAGUCUGGUAGGGUCGCUGCGUCGGGUCAGGCGUUUGCUGCAGCUUCCAGGUCUGGUCCUGAGUCGGCCCCCUGUUCGUGUCGUCUCCUGUCUCACGAGACUCUCCUCUGGCACCACCGCCUUGGUCACCCCUCUCUGCCUCGGGUCAGAGGCAUGGCCUCCCGUCUUCUUGUUUCUGGUCUCCCUCGGUCCCUCCCUCCCCUUCCUCAGGGCCCUGGCCCUACCUGUGUCCCCUGUGUCGAGGGGCGCCAGCGGGCUGCGCCUCACUCCUCCCAGUUUCCUCCGACAGAGGCCCCGUUGCAGACGCUUCACAUGGACGUGUGGGGCUCAGCCCGCGUCCAUGGACAGGGUCACGAGCGCUACUUCCUGCUCGUUGUUGACGACUACUCGCGUUACACCGCAGUCUUCCCCUUGCGCAGCAAGGGUGAUGUCACUGAGGUGCUGAUCGACUGGAUCCGUGCAGCUCGUCUCCAGCUCAGGCAGAGCUUUGGCUCGGACUUUCCUGUUCUGCGUCUGCACUCUGACCGAGGCGGAGAGUUCUCCUCUGGCCUUCUGCGAGCCUACUGUCGCGCACGAGGAAUGCGUCAGACCUUUACGCUUCCGGACUCCCCGCAGCAAAAUGGGAUUGCUGAGCGCCGCAUUGGCAUGGUCAUGGACGUCGCUCGUACGUCUAUGAUGCAUGCGUCUGCUCCCCAUUUUCUGUGGCCGUUUGCGGUGAGGUACGCGGUGCAUCAGCUCAACCUCCACCCCAGGGUCUCCAGGCCGGAGACCUCCCCAGCCUUGCUGUGGACGGGGAAGGUUGGCGAUGCGUCGGCGUUCCGGGUCUGGGGAUCUCGGGCGUUUGUCCGCGACUUGUCUACGGACAAGCUGUCCCCUCGUGCUGCUCCUUGCGUCUUCCCGGGGUUCCCCCCUGACGCGCCAGGGUGGCAGUUCUACCACCCCACCUCUCGCCGUGUUCUGUCCUCCCAGGACGUCACCUUUGACGAGUCGGUCCCCUACUACCGCCUCUUCCCCUACCGCACUCCGUCCCUCCCCCUGCCGCCGCUCUUCCUUGUGCCAGGUCCCCCUCCGGUAGACCCCCUCCCCCCUCAGGGUCCGUCCCCUUCAGGGUGA